UAAGGGUCUUACCUAAGAAUAAUCUGAAACAUAUUUAAUUUUUCUCGUUUAAAAAAGCUAUAACAUUAACAAUGAGAACUGAUAAUAACGCUAUGUUGACUAAAGUACACGAACGGAAAUGUCCUAAAGCUGAAAUGGUUAUUGAUAAACAAAUGAAUCGAAGUGUCCAAGAAACUUUAGAACAAAUAAUUGCAAAAGAAGUGUAUAAGUCUUAUGAAAUAUUUAUAAAAAAAUUAUCAACAGACGGUGGAAAUUAUUUUGGAGAUUUAUAUGAAAUUGAUGUAAAAGGCACUACUGCUAAAGGCUUCAAAGAGAUAAACUUGUUCGUUAAGCAAGCUAUAAAAAUGAAUCCAACUGAAAGUGUUUUAAAUGUGAAUUCUAUUUACCAGAAUGAACUAUUAGUAUACACUGAACUGAGCAAGGUUUACAGUAAUUUACAAGACGAAGCUGGCAUACCUUCUAGUGAAAGAUUUAAAAUGGUCAAUAGUUAUAACGAGAGUAAUGAAGAUGCAAUCAUUCUUGAAAACCUUAGUAAAAAAGGGUUUGAAGUCCGCAAUAGAAUGGAUGUUGUAAGUUUAAGUUUUGCUAUUGCAUCAAUUAAAGAGAUAGCCAAAUUCCACGGUUUAUCUUUUGUAUUGGAACAUAAAGAAAGUGACUAUUGUUAUAACAAACUUAAAAAACUUCAAAGUCCUAUACAAGUUAAUGACUCCAUGAAAGAAUUAGUAAAAAUGUUAAGUAAUGAUAUUGUAAAAUAUUUCGAUUGUGACAUUCAAAAGAAAUUAAGGAAUUUCAGUGAUAAAAUAUGUGACAAAUUACCUAAAUACUUCCAAGGAAAAACAGGUUCAGUAAAAUGUUUAUGUCACUCUGAUUUUAGAAUAAACAACAUAUUAUUUAAAGAGAAAGGCUCUGAAUCAGCUGAGGCUAUCCUCAUCGAUUACCAACUGAUCUUCUGGGGAUCUCCAGUAUUUGAUCUUUUAUACUUUUUCUAUAUUUGUACAGACAGAGAAUUUCGUAAAAACCACAUGACCUAUUUAAAAAAUAUUUAUCACGACACUUUGCGGAAUUAUCUUAAUUAUUUUAAAAUUGACGUCGAUAAAAUUUACCCAAAAAAUAUAUUUUUGGAUGAUUUCGAAGAUCAUCUUGAAGUAGGCCUUCUAGUGGCCUUUUACGGAUUGCCAUUUUGUUUUACACGAGAAGAAGAAGUUCCAGAUUUUAAAGAUAAUGUAACGGAUAUGAAAAUAAAACUUCACGACAGUUUUGUUGAAAGGUUUGAAGGAAUAGUUGAUGACUAUUUGGAGUGGGGAAUUAUUUAACUCCUUAGAACGACAAAAGUUUUUCAUUUUAAUUUAUAAUACAAUAUCUUCGGUUUCUUUCACCUUUUGUAUUUAUACAUCCUUCUACGUGUAAAAGUGAAAAUACAUUUUGCAUUUGCGUUUACGUAAAUCUUACUUUAUUUUAA